GCUCAGAGGACAGAGCUGCUCCCCUUCGCAUCCUGUACCUUUCCUCUCGCCAUCCAUCUCUGCUUAGUGCGCUGCUGCCUUGGCCAGCCUUCCUGCUUCUGCCUUAGGAAGGUAAGUGGCUUCCCCGUCUCCUCCCGCAAGGCGAAACCCCUGUCCCUCCGCAUCUCAAAAUACUAUCUCAGACCCUCCAAGUGUCCCUAUUUCCCAGGGACAGUUCCGGAUUUACAGAAGCCCUCCCGCUUUCUGAUUUGACCCUGCCUUUCCUUUCCAUCAGAGAAAUGUUGGAGGGGUCUGCUCUCUAUCCCACCACCAUCCCAAGGAUUGGUUCUGCUUCUUCCAAUCCUCCAGCCUCUGCUCAUGGGCUUUUGAGAUUCUUCUUGCCCCAACUCCUGCCGGUGCCCCCACUUGGUGGGUUCUUGAGCUGGAGGCAUCAGAGGGGGAGGGUGCUACUAUUAAGCCUGCCUUUGCUGGGAUGGCAAGGGAGUCUGGCAAGCACAGGACUUUGCCACCCCAGGGAUCAAGCUGUGCUUCUCCCCCCCCCCCCCGUCACCAUCACCCAAUAAUUCUAUAGUUGCGUGGCAAGGUUGCAGCCAUGCCAACCAGCGCUGCCCAAAGAGCCAAAAGUCAUCAUAAGGUGGAUUCCUGGGCUCCAGUUAAUACGGACUGGGAAGCGAUGGGAACCAGGGAAGCGAAGCCCUCACUGCACCAUCUCACGGCAGCUUGUAUAUUCUUGGUACCAAUGACUGCCUCUGGGUUCCCAGUUCUGCCUCUCCCGCCCCAACCCUUAUCCCUGCUUAUCUGGCCCUGACCUCCUUAGAGGACAGUGCUCUUGUCUCUCUGCUCCCCCCACCCCACUUCUAGCUUGGAAAAUAGUUGUGGGAGGAGGGGGGGCAGGAAAGAGAGAGAGACGGAAGGAUGAGUAGGAAUGAAAGUGGAGGGGGGGACAGCCUGCAAAAGUCCUUCCUAUUCUGAACCCAAGGACCCUUGGAAAAGGAUGCGGGGUGGGGGGAUGGAUCAGGCACACAGCCAAUGGCUUUGUCUAAUCUCUGUCCGAACCGGAAUGAAUCAAAAGGCAAAGCCAGCAAAAGCACGGAUGAGCCGCCGGGAAUUUAUUUGGGCUGGAUUGCUGACAGUUUGGGCUCUGCUGCAGAAAUAUUGAUGCCCAGGGAGUCCUCAGUACAUCUGUGCACACAAACACAUGCCCGAGGUGGGGGGGGAGUUCUUCUUGACACUGGGGCAAGGACGUUUCCAUGGUCCUGGGUCUUUGCACCCCACUGAGAGCGCCUGUGGCAUCUGAACAGACUGGGCAAGCCGUUUGGGAGUGCAGAGCAGCUGUUGGAGCAGAUGACGGCGGGAAAUACCGACCCAGAAGGUGCUGCAGAAUAUGGUGGGAGGGGAAUAGAGACCUGCGUAGGUGCUGGAGAAUCCCUGCCUUGUUGGCUGAAAUUCCCAGGCACCAGAGGCUUUUCCUGGCGUGGUUAUCUGCAAUUUUUGCAGGUUUUGGCAGUGCAGAGGAGACUAAACCCUUAGCAGUGCUGUGCCUUGCACCUUUUCCCUUCUUCUCUUUCCGGCGCUGUGUCAGGCUCCAUCUCUCCUCUCCCCCACCACCUACUGUGGUGUUUGCGGCCUUCUCCAUUCUGCCCCCCCCCCCCGUUCAUAGCCUGCCCUUUGCGUCACACACAAUGCAGGUGGAGGGGGUGUUCAUAAAUCUCUUCCUGGCACAGUGUCAGGUCAACGUGCGUUGCCAUUCUUCUAAAGAUUCUUCUUUCCAGGUUGUAGCUGUUGCUGGCAAAAGAGCUUAGCAACAACGAAUAAGGCGGGAAGCGAGUAAGGAAACAAGUCAACUGAUCCUAGAAAGGAGUCCUCGCUUGGUGGGGGGAUGGGUGGGGGGAUUCCUCUGCCCCUCCUCCAUGUUCCCAAGGCAUUUGUGCAUUAAGCCACGCAGAGUGGCACCUCUGCAAGUUAAUAAGCAGACACAACUCAAAUGUUAAAAAAUAUGCCGAAACCAGUGGGCAAACCACUUGCUCUCCUGAGGACUUCGUCUCUUCCCUUGGGGCCAGUAGCCUAGAGAAGAUGACAGAUGCGAAAAUGGUCUCAAGACACCUGUCACAGUGGUAUUGCUGAUGCUAAGCAAGUCUGGAAGGGGGUCUGCUUCAGAAUUACACAGCACUCGAUGAGAUCCUUCGAGAAAGAGCCCAAGCAGGUAUAUUAAGCAAGCGCAAUAAUUCUGGGCGCCUCCCUGAGUUUGCCUGUGCCGUUCCUCAAGCACCAAUCCUGUACCUAAGCACACCAAUCGCAACAGAUGACAUGCAGCGGGUAAGAACCUCAGUACAUGGGAGGACUUACCUGGGAGUAACUCACAUUGAAUUGAAUUGGCCUUUUCUGUAUAGUGUUGCACUGUACACAUGGCAAAUAUUUGCUGCCGGAGUUCCCUGGCAGGGAGAGUGAGGUGUAAAAGUGGUAAGUAAACAAUUACACAUAUACCACCUGCAGGAAAAUGCCUUCACAUGACCCAAUCUUACUUUGUUUUAAUUUGUGCUUGCAGGGUGUGCAUCAUCUUUUGUUUUUUUUUAAUAAACAGGGAGCCAAAAGCCUAGCUAAGUGUGUAUAAAAUUGCAGCCUUAAGUGGCUAACCCACUGGGGAAUUAUGCUGUAUAGUGGAGAAGUCCACGCAUUGGAUGUAGCUUAAUAACUGUAUCCAAUGUCCCAUCCUCCUAUUAAAAUUACACAAGCCGGGACGGGACACAGUGUGUCUUUUGUCAUCUGUGAUGUUAUGCAUCCUACUUAUUCCAUGAAUGCAGAAAAGGGCAGGAUGUGGGAAUGGGCACAGAAUUCAUCUUCCUCCAUUUUUAAGAAAGCAACUUUCUAGCCCUUAUGAAGGGCUGUUUGAAAUUAUAAUGGGAAAAGCUUUGGUGAAUUUCAAGAGUCAAGAUUGUUGCGAAAUAAGAUGUCUAUUUGUCAGGGGCCAAGGCUUCAGUGCCUUAGCUCCUCGCCCUUUCUAGUGAUUAGCAAAACCAGAACAAUAUGUACCAAAUAAUAAACAUUGCAGAAUAGUGUAUUUUUGCCAAAUAAGAAAUUCUGCAGUUUGCUCCAUCUGCAGAAUUUAUGCAAGUCACAGAAUCCAGUUUUUUCUUUGCACUGAAUUUGGAUUACCUGGCUUCAUAAUUAUUUUAGCACAGAAUACAUACAUGCUCUCCAGUCAUGCCCAUGACAGAUGCACAAGCACUUCAGAUGAAUUCUUAGUGGCAGUGGAGGUGCUGGUCUUUCACCAGCAACUUCCAUUGUCAUCUGAAUGCCAGAUUCCUCACAACAGAGGCACAAUCCGGGAUGACAUCGGUAUCACACUUUUGCAACCAAAGAGGAUUUCUUACAACUUGCUCCAGCAAAUCAGACCUUGUGGGGGGCUGGACUAUAUUUUGAAGGGGAAAUGAAUGAAUUCCUAUGCCCCACAAAUAACCCAGAGACUAAUUUUAAAUAAAAGCACACAUUCUACUCAUGUAAAAACACGCUGAUUCCCAGACCAUCCAAGGGCCAGAUUUAGAAGGCGAUUGGGCCGGAUUCGGCCCCCGGCCCUUGGUUUGCCUACCCAUGUAAUAAGGGAUUGUGCUGUGAAUAUUCAUUAUUGUGAGCUGCUUUGGAAACCAAACUUUGCUGCAAAGCAGGGUAUAAAAGUAACAAAUGGGUGUGCGCUACAUCAAUCAUAAGGAUGUGCUGUCUUGAAAGCAGAAGCGCAGGUUAGGUCUUUUUCUGAUGCCUUGUAUCACCCCUAAUAGUGCAGAGCAAAGGAAAAUUCACCAGCUCUGCUUUGCUUCUGCUAUGAUCUUGUUGCUUUCAGGCCCAAGACCUGCUUCUUGAAUUUCAUUUACCUUCCAUCUCAGGCGGAUGGAACCUGCGGUCUUCUUCCCAAGCCUUCCGGAAUAGCACAGAUCUGCUGGGUAUCAGUGAUUUCAUAGGCUCAAGGUCAGAUUACUCAGCUUGCCUCUCUGAGCUUGGGAGGCACUGAAUCCUAUGCUGUUGUUCACUUCAGACACAAACGCAGAAAUCAGCACGAAGGCAAAUGUGAACAGGCAACAAUCAGGAGAGGAUGUGUGGGAACUUCUCUAGUCUUGCCUAAGCGCUUUUGGCUAUCCUCAAAUGUCAUCUGGUGUUUUUAUGACGACUCACCUCAAAAACAUCUGGAGCCUGCCAGGUUGGCGAAACCUGACAUAUUACCUCAGUAAUCUGACAAUAACCCCAAAGGGAAGGUCAGGAUUAUUUCCCCCCAUGUUACAUCCAGAGGGGGAAUAAGUGUCUUGCGCAUCAGUUUGUACCUGAGGUGAGAUCUGAGCUGCAGCCUCGCAGCUCAAACAGUUUGCAACUAUUUUGUAUGCACGCUAUAUAUGGAAAGCACAUUCAAAGCACACACAGCCCUCAAAGAAUUCUGGGCCCUGUGGUUUGUUCUGGGUAGUUGGGAACUGGAGCUCUGUGAGAGGUAAACUACAGGGCCCAGAAUUCUUUGAGAGAAAGAAUGUGCUUCAAAUGUACUUUAAAGGUAUAAAUGUCUGCAGAACCUAUGUCAGCUCUCUGGCAAUGAUAUUCCACUGUGGGGGAAUGUAAUUCCACUGUAAGCUUCCAGUCAGAGGAAACUGGACAGCAGAGAUGAGGAAGGAGAAUGUCGAGUUUGUCCACGUGGCCUGCUUUUGUGGGAGCACGUUGCCUCCACGAAAGGCACUCGGAUCUAGAGCAGAGCUCAGGCCUCUGGCUUAAUCGCCGUGGGGCUGAACCCUGCAGCAGAGGCCAGGGUUUGCGCACCCUCCCAACAUUUCUCAGAUGAAAAUAGAGACAUCCUAUUCUACAUCAGGAAGCUUCUCCCGCAUUUGAUAUUUCCACACACAUAGACAUCAUGUAAACACCUGUCACCUCGAGCCAAUUCCAACCUCUCCGCUGAACUUACCUCACAGGAUUGUUGUAAAGAAAAAAACCUGAGCAAGGAAAGGGAUCAUGUACAACAUCUUCAACAGAUAAAUGGAAUGAAAUAAAAUGUUAGUGGUAUGCUGCCUUGAGUCCUUGUCAGGAUGAUAAUGAUGAGAUAAAGUGUGAGAAUGAUCAGGAACAUACCAAAGAGCAAAUCCUAUUGAACUCAGUGAGACUUACUUCUGAGUAAAAAUGCUUAGGAUUGCAGUGUAAGGCUGCACCGUCUUUAACCAGUUGCCUGGGAGUCAGGUCCAUUGAAUACAGUGGGACUUACUUCUGAGCAGAAAGUGUAAGGCUCCAUUUACAAUUAAGGAAUAAACACUCCAUGCAUAUGGAGUGGUGCUGAUGCACUGCGAUUAAAGAAUUUGAGGCUAAUUCCUUCAAAAUUAUAGGAAGGGCUUCGUAUGUCAGUGUCACAAUUUCCUUCAUUUGGUACAGGGAUUUUAUUUUCAGUAUAAACAGAACUCUGUUUUUGCACCCACCUACCCACCACGGCUUAGUCAUGCUGGCCACAUGACCCGGAAGCUGUCUGUGGACAAAUGCCGGCUCCCUCGGCUUAUAGAGCGAGAUGAGUGCCGCAACCCCAGAGUUGUCCGCGACUGGACCUAACGGUCAGGGGUACCUUUACUUUUACCCACCACGUCUAAUUGCUCUCUGAGAUGGGGAGGGGAGGGAAAAGGAAAACCAGGACAUUCCUGGAUCAAAUCAGAAACCGAGAUGGCUUCUGUAAUUCCAGGACUGUCCCUGUAAAAUCGGGACACUGGGAGUAUGGGGCAAGUUGUGUGUCUCUUGCAUUGUUCCUUUUUGUUCACAAGCCCAUUGGACUCCUUGACCUUACCUUGGUAAAUGCACAGUGAGUUCCUUCCCCCACCCACAGCAGAUUUUCUUUGAGAAAGGCACGCUCCUUUCCUGUCAGAGAGAAAGCAAAUGUGCUGCAAAAUCUGUACCACAUCUUAAAGCAGGAGUCUCAUGUGCUGUGCUCUGUCAGAGGGAGCUAGCCCUUCAUUUGUGCCCUGGUCUGCAGGGACUUGGCCUCAGCAUCUCCUUUUAGUCCCCAAAACUCAGCCCUGGAACAUACCAACUCAAGGUUCUAAGGCAGUGCAGAAUGCAUUUCCUCCCAGUACUGAACCAAUAUAGAGAGAAUCCACAAACAUCAGAGGCAGGUCUUCCAGAACAGAGGGUGCCGCUUUAUCUUUUUCUAGAAGAGGUGGUAGAGACAGUGACUGUAAUCUACUUGACUCGGCUGACUCAUUUUGCAUGUCGGCUGCAAGACCAACAUGUCUCACCAAAGACACCCUGCAGAAUUGCACCACCCACCUCCACGAUCCUUUUGUUCAGGACAGAGCUACGUGAAGCAGAAUUGUAUGAAAAUAUCUGCAUUCAGAAUGGCUCCGUUCACAUGAAAUGCUAAACCUGGCCUUUGGCAGAUUAAUAUUCUACAGCCCUUUAAAUGUGGGAAGGGGAGAUUAUUGCUUUGCCUUCAUUUUAAUUUUUUUUAUCCUGUGUUUUAUUCUGUGAAGGGGACGUGGGUGGCACUGUGGGUUAAACCACAGAGCCUUGGGCUUGCCGAUCAGAAGGCUGGCGGUUCGAAUCCCCGCCAUAGGGUGAACUCCCGUUGCUCGGUCCCUGCUCCUGCCCACCUAGCAGUUCGAAAGCACGUCAAAAUGCAAGUAGAUAAAUAGGUACUGCUCCAGUGGGAAGGUAAAUGGCGUUUCCGUGCACUGCUCUGGUUUAGUCAUGCUGCUCACAUGAUCCGGAAGCUGUACGCCGGCUCCCUCGGCCAAUAAAGCGAGAUGAGCGCCGCAAGUCCAGAGUCGGUCACAACUGGAUCUAAUGGUCAGGGGUCCCUUUACCUUUAUUCUGUGAACCGCACUGAGAUCUUACAAUGAAGGGUGGUAUAUAAAUCAAAUAAAUUAUAACAAUGAUAGUGAUAUUGAUAAUGAUGAUGAUGAUACAUGAGUGUGUGGAUACUCAGGAAAAAUCAUAAUCGCUUCACUCCUCCACGGUUCCUGUUGCUACACUGCCUGGAGCCAAGCCAUGGUUUGUUUAGUGUUACAUUUGAGCUCAGACUUCAGAUAAACCAUCAAGUGUAUCCAAGGUUUGUUCUUGGUUUACCUCUCAUGGUUUGUCUGGAAGAAACAAGCUGUGAGCUGGGUUCCUAUUUGUCAUGGACAGGUUGGAUGCAGAGAAGUGAUGAGAGGAACCAGCUGUGGAAUCCCCGAGGGAACCCUCAGGGGAAGAAGGCUCACAGCCAGGGGAUUGGUGGUGGGACAACGAAAAGCAGUCAGAGGGAGAAGAGGGAGCAGACCAGCUUCCUCACAGUGAGAUGUGAAGCUACAGGGAACCAGGUAGAGGGACUUCUUAGCAGUGGCACCCUCCCCGUGGAACGCCCUUCCAUCAGAUGUCAAGGAGAUGAGUAAUCCUAAACCAUAUAGUAGAAAGGUAAAGGACCCCUGGAUGGUUAAGUCCAGUCAAAGGCAACUAUGGGGUUGCAGCGCUCAUCUCGCUUUCAGGCCAAGGGAGCCAGCAUUUGUCCACAGACAGCUUUCUGGCUCAAGUGGCCAACAUGACUAAACCGCUUCUGGUGCAACAGGACACUGUGACGGAAGUCAGAGCGCACGGAAAUGCCGUUUACCUUCCCGCCGCAGCAGUACCUAUUUACCUACUUGCACUCGGAUGCUUUUGAACUGCUAGGUUGGUGGGAGCAGGGACCGAGCAAUGGGAGCUCACCCCGUUGCGCAGAAUCGAACCAACGACCUUCUGGUUGGCAAGCCCAAGAGGCUCGGUGGUUUGGACCAUAGCGCUAUCUGCAUCCCAAAACUAUAUAACCUUUAGAAGACAUCUGAAGGCAGUCCUGUAUAGGGAAGCUUUUUAAUGUUUAAAGUUUUAUUAUAUUUUUAUAUAUGUUGGAAGCCGCCCAGAGUGGCUGGGACAAUCCCGUCUGAUGGGCCGGGUACAAAUAAUUAUAAGUUUAAAGUGACCUUUGUUAAGAAACCAGAAGCCUUUCUUUUAGGAAUAAUUGAAUCUGAAAUACCUAAAGAUCAAAAAAAGUUAUUUAUGUAUGCAACCACGGCACCUCAAAUGGUGUUUGCCCAAAAGUGGAAAGAUGAAUUAGCCCCAAACAAAAGAUGAUUGGCAACAAAAGUUACUGGAGUAUGCAGAAAUGGUGAAACAUAUUGAAAGAUUAAGAAAUCAAGAGGAGAGGAUUUUUAAACAAGAGUGUGGAUCAUUUAUUGACUAAAGAACUGUUGUAAGGACUGACUUAAACACACCCAGAUGGUGAAGUUAAACUAUUGAGUAUAAGAGAUUCAUUAUAAUUAGGCUUUAAUGCUGGAGAGGCAGAAAAAAGAAGAGAUAACUUAGGUAACUGCAGAAAGGGGGGGGGAAGGAAGUUGAUAACAAUAUUAAAUGUAUAAAGAAUAUUUGAUAUGUAUUGUAAAAUUUGAAAAUAAAUUUAUCACCAUCAUUAUUAAACAUGCUGUUUCUCCAAACCCUCUUGAAGCUUAUCACACCGUUCAUUGCAUACUGAGGCCAAGUGGCCAUUUGAUGCAACUGGAGGUGGUGUAAGAGAUCAUGGAACAGCAAGGGCAUUGGAACCAAAAUCCCAGGUCCCAUUUUCCUCUCUGUUUGUUCUCCUCCAGGAAAGACCAGCUCCGCCAUGUCUAUUGAGAAGGUUCACGCUCGGGAGAUCCUGGACUCUCGUGGGAAUCCAACCGUGGAGGUGGAUUUGUACACAGCUAAAGGUACGUAUUGGUGGAGGGGCAGCAAACUGCAGGAGGCAGCUGGGAUCUCAGCCGCAGUCCAGGGCAUCGUGCUGCUAACGGAUUAGCUCAGUCCCAAGGCAGCGAGCCGGAAAGGGCAGGAGGCGCCAAGCAGAGAUGGCCUGAGGCUGGAGCUGUGCCUCUCCCUCUCUCCCUCUCCCGAGCAAAGUCACCACACAGCAAAAGCAUCUAAUUUUAGCCACGCUCUGUGAUGCAUCCCCACUUUUGGAGCAGGAGAUGGUUGGGAAAGGCAGAGAAAUGAGACAUUUUCAGACUGCCACCUCGCUGGCUUUCUUUUAAGCAAACAGCAGUGCCUGGCUUUCGUUCCCCAGUCUUACACGCAUACACCUUUCCACAGGCCUCAGGGUCGAGGUGCUGAGAAUUUAGCCCAUGAAGAACAGCUACCAGCCCUGUAUCCAUUGCUGAAGCGCUUGCCAUGUCAGAUGUCUGAGAAACAAUCAAAUAAAAAUGCUUUAAUUGGCAUAAAUAUGUACUUAACUAGGAUGCGGGUAGCGCUGUGGGUUAAACCACAGAGCCUAGGACUUGCCGAUCAGAAGGUCGGCAGUUCGAAUCCCUGCGACAGGGUGAGCUCCCGUUGCUCAGUCCCUGCUCCUGCCAACCUAGCACUUCGAAAGCACGUCAAGUGCGAGUAGAUAAAUAGGUACCACUCUGGCGGGAGGGUAAACGGCGUUUCCGUGCGCUGCUCUGGUUCGCCAGAAGCGGCUUAGUCAUGUUGGCCACAUGACCCGGAAGCUAUACGCUGGCUCCCUCGGCCAAUAAAGCGAGAUGAGCACCGCAACCCCAGAGUCGGUCACGACUGGACCUAAUGGUCAGGGGUCCCUUUACCUAUGUACUUAACUGCAAACACUGAGACACAUCAGCUUCCCGCUCAGCUUCUCAGGAGUAAAAUCUGUGCAUGGGAAGGCAGACUCAAGGGGACAGGCAAUUUCCUCAUUGGCCUGAGUGCUAUUUACUCCGCCACCCUUAUCCAUCAGGCUUGACCCAGGGGGGUGAGGUAGAAGCCAAGCUGUCCCCCUGCCUGUGUAUGAGGUCUAGCAAAAAUUGCUGCCCUGAAGCUGCUAUUUGCAUUUCAGGGAAGCGUCCGUUGGUGCCAGUGUAGGCUUCCAGUGUAAUGCAAAAAGCAGCUUCGGAGAGAAAUGGUUCAAUGUUGCCACCCCACCCACACAGCCCCUUUGCCUUCCCCAAGUUUUCAAUUUACAUAACAAAAAACUAAAACACUCUUGGUGUUCAUAUAAUUAAUGCUGGGUCUAGAUUCCUGCAAGGGGGAUAGCCUUGCUGCAGUGAAAUAGCUGUUUGCAGCUAAUGAAAAUAAUGAAAUGGUGGGUACCAUACCCUCCAACAUUUCUCUGAUGAAAAUAGGGAAGAACUAUACUAUUAUUAUUAUUAUUAUUAUUAUUAUUAUUACUGCCCCACCCAUUUGAUUGGGUUGCCCCAGCCACUUUGGAUGGCUUCCAACAUAUAUAAAAACAUAAUAAAACAUUAAACAUUAAAAAAAGCUUCCCUAGACAGGGCUGCCUUCAGAUGUUGUCUAAAAGUUGUAUAGUUACUUAUCUCCUUGGCUUGGGGGGUCACAUAACUCCAUACCCUCCAUUGAAAAUAGGGAUGUCAUAAAGGAAAGCAGGACAUUCUGGUAUCAAAUUCUGGGAUGGAUUCUGUAAAUCUGGAACUGUCCCUGGAAAAUAGGGACACGUGGAGGGCUUUUGUUUUAUGGUACCUAGUCAUGCCUUAGAUGCCUUAGACUCAGGCAUGGCCAAAUUGGCCCUCCAGCUGUUUUGGGACUACAACUCCCAUCAUCCCUAGCUAACAGGGCCAGGGAUGAUGGGAAUUGUAGUCCCAAAACAGUUGGAGGGCCAAGUUUGGCCAUGUCUGCCUUAGACGCUAUUGCAAUCACUAGACACAAUAGCGAUGUGUGCGCUCUCAGGGAGGAGAAUUGCAUUUCUCCAGAUACAAACCUCUUAUUUUAAUUUAGAAUAUAGCUCAGUUGGUUCAGCACAAGACUUUUCAUCUCAGGGUUUUCAGGUUGAGCCCCACAUUGGGGGAAAUAUUCCUGCAUUGCAGCGGGCCUUCAUGGUCCCUUCCUAUUCUAUGACUCUGUGGAUAUUAUAUCCUGCUUUAUAGCAUCAAGAGGCUCUCUAAAGCUGUGUUAUGCACCCUUCCUUUAAAGCACAUUCAAAGCACAUCCUUUCCCUCUAAUAAUUAUGGGUUUGCUAUUACUUGCUGGGAACUGUAACUGUGAGGGAUAAACUACAGUGACCUUUGCGGGAAAGGAUGUGCUGCGAAAGUGCUUCAAAAGUAUUGCAUGUACACAGAUUCUGAUAGGAUGUGCAUUAUUCUGCUCUGAUCUUCGACUUACCUGCACACAAGGUGGAUAGAGACCAUUGCUGGAGGAGCUUCACAGCUGGCAACAGAUCUCAUCACACAUACACAGCCAACAAGGAUUUCAACAGUUUAGGCCAGGCCAAAGCCAGAAACCUUUGAGUUAGUUAGUGGGCCUAAAUUAGGGUUGCCAUAUUUCAGAAAGUGAAAAUCUGGACACGAAAGUUGUUGAGCAAAAACUCCAAAAAAAGAGAGAGGUUUCUGAACACUUCCAACAUGGGUUGCCACAAGCCCAAGUUUUCCCAGACAUGUUUACCAGUUUUUGGAAAUUCUGCCCAGAUGCUGUUUUCGACGGAUGAAUCCCGGAUAUAUCCGGGAAUCCCAAAUGUGUGGCAGUCCUACCUAUAUGUACAAUGUGAAGGAUGGCUCAGGGUUUUAAGCAAGAAAUUGAAAACAGGUAUUUUAAAGUGAUUUAACCUAACGGUGUUAAUUUAAUUGAAUUAGUCUUUGGAUUCAUUGGUCAUAAACAGUCGAAAGUGGAAGUAAGUGGACUUCUUAUGGAGCGUUUGGUUAGAAAACACCAGCUGUAUUUUUUAUUAUUAUUUUUAAAGAAAAGAGCUGGUGACUUCUGUUAUGUACUGAAGUUCUCACCCUGGGCCAGCAGGGGGAUACUGUAGAUAGUUAUGCAAAUAAGGGAUCGAAAGUGACGUUCAGUGAUUGGAUAGUUUUAGAAAAUUGUUACAGUUAUGUUGUACUGGAGCUCUAUAUAAGCAGGCUGGCUGAACCCUUCAGUUUAGUUCUGUUCUGGCCUGUGAAUAAGCAAGAGCUGUUUGAAGAAUCGCUGUGUCGUCUGAUAUGUUCACCCACAAUUUAACAACUUUCCUAAAAUGACAAGGCAGCUGUUUCAUCAGAGAAGAGUUGUGGGCUUAAAUGGUGUUGAUGGCUCCUCCCCUUAAUGUUUUCCACCUUGGUUUUUACUCCUCCCUAGGGAUGUUCCGGGCAGCUGUUCCCAGUGGCGCUUCCACCGGCAUCUAUGAAGCUCUGGAGCUACGUGACAACGAUAAGUCCAGAUUCCUUGGGAAAGGUAGGGGUAUUCCAAGCUUCUGCCCAUAGAAUGACAAACAAUAAUUCCAGAGUCCUCUCUGUGUGUGUGUUUUCUGCUUUUGGGCUGGCCGAAACAACAGAUGUCAGUCAGUGAAAUUCCACGGUGAAGAGUGUGUGGCCUUGUGUUCCUUCCUUUCUCUGCCUCUUAUUUCCUUCUGCCUCUGUCUGACACUCUCUGUGUCUUCUUUUUCCUUCUGUAGGGGUCCUGCAGGCGGUGGAUCACAUCAACAGCACCAUUGCCCCUGCUCUCGUGAGCUGUGUAAGGAUCCCCCUUUGCUUUUCUCAUUGGCUCAACUUGCGGGUCUUUCAUCCUCUCUCUCUCUCUCUCUCUCUCUCUCUCUCUCUCUCUCUCUCUUUCUCUCUCUCAAUCUCUAUCUGUCCCUUCAUUUCAACCUGCAUUGUUUUCUGGAUGCUCGACAUACUAUCUCUCUGUGUGCAUGCAUGUGUGUGUGUGUGUGUGUGUGUGCGUGCGUGCGCACUGUCAAAGGAUGGAGGAAUAUUUUUUCCUCCAGGGGCCUUUGUAGAGAGCAGUGACAGGACCAAUCCUAUGUACAGACAACAGCUUUUCUGAAACCUGAAGGAAGCAUGAGAUGGAAUCUAUACACAUAUAAAAACUGUUAUGAAAAUGCUUUAUUUUUAAAACAGCAUUUUUAAAAAUACGUUGAAUUUCCCAUAAGGCUCACCAUUGUCCUCUAGUGUCACAUUGUAUGUUGCACUUAAAACAUUUUAUUUGCAGCUGUAUGGCUGAGUCCUGAUAAAGCAUUGAUGCAAUAACCAGAAAAGGCCAAACUUGGGUCUCCAGCUGUUUUUGCACUACAGCUCUCAUCAUCCCUAGAUAGCAAGACCAGUGGUCAGGGAUGAUGGGAAUUGUAGUUCCAAAACAGCUGGAGACCUACUGUAAGUUUGGGUAACGCUGAUCAAGAACAUUGUGGAUAUUUCCAGAGGGGGCUUUUAAUCUGCAGUCGCCGUGCCUCCUUCAUGCAAUUUACGGGCAGUACAGACAACAUUGCAACUCUCCUGCCUUUUGCCAUCCCUUUCACCAUUUUUUUAACACUGUGAAAAAUCUAUUAAGGAAGAGAAAAGCCGAAUAGCAGUACAAUCUCUUUGGAGGUGUGGAUAGGAAAAUGCAGGACUGCGGUGCAAUGGGAGGAGUUGUGGCUUCCUGAGGCUGAUGGGAAAUUGAGUCCAAUAAAAUCUGAGGAGUGGGGGGAGACCCAGGUUCCUUGCCCCUGCCCUGUUGCUUGCUGUAUAUUUCCAGUUUCAUGCCUGGCACCGCAAGUCCAUUCCCCUGAUUAACUGGCUCUCCGCUUUAAUUAAUUGCUUGCUUCCUGGAAUUAGGUUCCCUCAAACCACACACUUCAAUUUGCUAUUUAAUUAGCAGAUUACAUCGAAAACAGCAGUGCAGGUUCUGGCUGUAAUCCUGUACAGUUGCCAUCCUCCAACCUUAUACUGCUUACAUCUGAGCAAAUUUGUGUAGAUUCCAGCUGCAAUCCUGUAGGACUACAACCGUCCGUUGCUGACACUUUCGCCUCCCCCCCCCCACAGUUGUACUAUAGAAUAGCACUACAAACAAGCAGGGAAAAUCAAGUUUUCUAGGCAGGUUGCAAAUAUGACUAGUAUACCCUCCAACAUUUCUCCAGUGAAAGUAGGGACUUCCUAUUCCAUAACAGUAGUAGUAGUAGUAGUAGUAGUAACUGCCUUCUGGUGAUUCCCUCAUUGCGAGGAGUGUGGUUACAGGGAACCAGACAGAGGGCCUUCUCGGAAGUGGCGCCUGCCCUGUGGAAUGCCCUCCCAGCAGAUGUGAAGGAAAUAAGUAGCUAUCCUAUCUUUCAAAGACAUCUGAAGGCAGCCCUGUUCAGGGAAGUUUUUAAUACUGAACGCUGUAUUGUUUUUAAUACUUGAUUGGGAGCCGCCCAGAGUGGCUGGGGAAACUCAGCCAGAUGGGCAGGGUAUAAAUAAUAAAUUAUUAUUAUUAUAUUAUUAUCAUUAUCAUUUAUACACCACACAUCUUACUGGGUUGCCCCAGCCACUCUGGGCAUCUUCCAACAUAUAUAAAAACCAUAAUAAAACAGUAAACAUUAAAAAGCUUCCCUGAACAGGGCUGCUUUCAGAUGUCUUCUAAAAGUUGUAUAGUUACUUAUCUCCUUGGCUUGGGGGGUCACAUAACACCAUACCCUCCAUUGAAAAUAGGGACAUCCUAAGGGAACGUGGGAAAUAAUUAUAAUUAUAAUUAUUAUUCAUACGCAGCCCUUUUGACUACGCUGCCCCAGCCACUGAGGCUUCCAAUAUAUAUGAGAACAUAAUAAUGCAUUUAAAAACUUCCCUGUACAGGUGUCUUCUAAAGGUUCUCCUUGGUUCGGGGGUCACAUAACUCCAUACCCUCCAACACAGGGAGGUCCUAAAGAAAAGCAGAUGUUCCUAUUUUCAUCAGAGAAAUGUCGGAGGGUAGGUGGGACUUACAGCCCAGUUGGUAACCACGUUUGCUCAGAAGUCAGAUUAGCUGCAAUCACCUUGCCCUGUGUUUUAAGACCCCUUUUUAAUUUUCGUUAAUGUGCUACUUCAUGAAUUAUUUUUAAAAACCCAACCAACAACACAAGCAUAAAUAAAAGUGGGUGCCAAAAUGGUGUUGAGACGCCCUCACUUCUAAAUGACAGAAGAGUUCACCAGUGAGAAAUGGACAGAACUGAAGGGCAGAUGAUCAGCUGCAAUUCUGUCUAUAGCUUGCAGCAGAAGAGCAAUGAUUUUUAGCACUAGGAUAAUAAUAAUAGUAGUAGUAAUUAUUAUUAUUAUUAUUAUUAUUAUUAUUUAUUUAUACCCCACCCAUUUGGCUGAGUUUCCCCAGCCACUCUGGGCGGCUCCCAAUCAAGUGUUAAAAACAAUACAGCACAUCUUCACCAUACAUUUAAAGCACAUAUCUUCCCCCAAAGAAUCCUGGGUGCUCUAGUUUCCCCCUCACAGAGCAGGCGAUUCCCAGCAGUCUUAACAAACUACAAUUCCCAGUAUGCCUUGGGAGGAAGUCAUGUGCUUUAAAUGUGUGUCAGAUGUGCUUUAAAUGUAUUGUGUGGACCUGCCCAAAGUGUCCUCUUUCUGGAAGUCCCCUAGGCAGCCUAUUAUCCAGACUUCCAAUUUGAGUGAUGUUUUCUUUCUGCAGGGCCUUUCAGUCGUGGAGCAAGAGAAGAUCGACAGCCUCAUGCUGGAGAUGGACGGGACAGAGAAUAAAUGUAAUGCCUCACUAUUCAUAACAAAAAGUCUUGUGGGAGGGGGCCAGAGGGGCAAGUUGGGAGAGAAGCCAGGAACUUUACAGCAAGAUUAAAAGGCACAAGCUGAGGUAUGGAAGUUAAAAAAAAGUCGUGUGCCACCCCGACUCUCUGCAAGUUUCCAUAGGGUUCCAGGCACUCACCUGUAUUCCUUUAGAAAAUUGAGACACGGCAGAGACUGGUGUAGUUUUAAGAAAUGUGAUUUAUUCACCUGUUUACAAUGUUAGUCUGCAUACAGGGGGUCCAGAUCUUACAACAUGGUCAUUUAGAGACAGUUCUCCCCCACAGCAGUGCAGCCAAUGGAGUCCAAGGCAUCAUUCCCAGCCAGCCUUCAGCCAGCCUGCCCAAGAUGGAUCCCAGUCUUUCUUUUUCCUUCUUCUUCCCAGCUCCACAUAGCUCAAAAACUCUCUUUUCCUGUUACCACAAAUGCACACCCCCAUCACCUCGGCACCAUCUGCCUCCCCAGGCCAAAGGAUUCCUCUCGGAUGGCCCAUCCAACCCCUUUUGUCAUGUUAACAGAUUUUACAAUUGCAUAAGCCAGCCCAGGGAUUACUUGUCUGCCACAAUUCUGCAGCUUGUACUUUCAUCCAUAUCCCAAUUACUCGAAAUCCUACUAUUUUAUAGGGUUUAGCCGCCAACACCCCAUAAUCUAUAACACAAAGAAUCCAGGGCUAGAUUAGUAGCGGGUGUUGUGGGGCUGGAAAGUUGAUUGUAUGAUCUUUGGGGCCAGGGAUCCUAUAUUGCUUUGUUGAAUUGUCCUGAGCAAAGGGCCAUUGAUGGUGGUCACCUAAUUUUGACAAUGUUCACAGCCAAGUUUGGAGCCAAUGCCAUCCUGGGUGUCUCCCUGGCUGUGUGCAAAGCGGCGGCUGCAGAGAAAGACAUUCCCCUCUACCGACACAUCGCUGACUUGGCUGGAAAUUCCGAUCUCAUUCUGCCAGUACCGGUAAGCAUUUAAUCACUCCCAAUUUCACAAGGAGAACCCAAAGGGAAGUCGGAGGCUGUAGAGUAACCAUAUAUGCAAGGAAAUGGAAAUCCCUUACUAGGAGAAGAGUGGUCACACCUACCUCAGUUCUCUGCAUACCCUUUAUCACCACGCUGCAAGAGUAACCGUGCUUCAGCCCUGCAUUGUUGUAGAUAUUAUUUUUGUGCAGUCUGAAGUGACUGGAAGCAUAAGAACUAACCCCUUUUGGAAAUGAAUCAUUGUCCAGGCCCAUAAAAAUAAAAAUUUAAACUUUUACUGGUAGAACUCUUCAGAACAAAACAUAAGCAUCAAAGAUACAACCAAAAUAUCCAUGCAAUGUCUUGUAUGGGCUCAGCAUCUUGCAAAAUAUGAAAUAAUCCAAACAGACCUAUAAGCAAAGGUCUCUUUCUCUCUUUCCACAGCCUGCAUUCCGGCCUCCAUUGGCCGUAGGCUGUGUAUUCUCCCUUCAGGAGAGCUUCAUUUACAUCCUCACUCCAUGGCAUUUGGGAGACAAAGUCUAAAGGCAACUCCCUUUCAAAAAGGGAGAUUUGCAACCCAAUACCUCUCACAUGACCUAAGGUUACAAUAUUCACAUGUUAGCUAACAGAGAACAACAAUCAGUUAGAUAAUCAUUAACCCAUUAAGUGGCUCAGAGUAUGUAAUAAAAAAACAAGAAGUUUUUCAUUUUCUCUAUCUACUUCUGGAAAUCGGGUGGAAGCUAGCAGAAGUUUAGUACUCAUUUCCAUUUCAGUUGUUUCCAGGAGGGGAAAUCAAUCUGCAGCACCACUAACAGUCCCAUAACACAACAGGUAUCGCAGUGUAAAAGGAAUGUUGGAAAUCAGGUUGGAAGCACUAGCAGAAUAGCCAGUAAAGCUCAUGCAAUAAACCACACAUUGGAAUGCAGCCUUGCGAUUGGUUCCAUGUAAAAUCUUUGGGUUGCUAACAAGGCCUUCUCAGGACCCUCACGGAACCUCGGCUUCCAGGGCAUUUUGUGGGAAGCCAUGACAGUUAAGGCCCGCACGAACUGUCGGGAUCUUCGUUCGACCGAGCUGAUAAAGCUCAUCUUCCGGCCGAGUCGCCCCCGACGUGAUUGACGACCUGAGCCUCUGAUAAGGCUCCAGGCACAUCCCAUUCAGCAGAGAAUCCAAAACAGCAUGCGGAAGUGAUGAGAUUUAUGGCUACAUGCUAUGCUUUAUUUCUAAGCUACGCAGACAGAAAAAUACAUCCUCACCCUGUGAGAGCAGAGAGCAACUGAAACAAAGGAACAAAGGAACAGAGAAACCAGUACGUCACAUCCGUCUCCCUUCUCCUGUGAGACUUCCAAUAGCCUGGACUGUCUCUGGAAUGUAAACAGAGCCUUGUGACUCUAAGCAGCUGCUCAGUGGCAAACAGAAACUAACACGAACCAUGUCAAUUGACCGUGUAGGUGUCCUCUAAGCGAGUUUCAUGUCUUUCUUCUUCCCGAACUCUCCCAGGCCUUCAACGUGAUCAACGGGGGCUCCCACGCUGGGAACAAGCUGGCCAUGCAGGAGUUCAUGAUCUUGCCAGUUGGGGCUGAGAGCUUCCGGGACGCCAUGCGCAUCGGUGCCGAGGUCUAUCACAAUCUCAAGGGUGUGAUCAAGGACAAGUAUGGCAAAGAUGCCACCAAUGUAGGCGACGAAGGAGGCUUUGCCCCUAACAUCCUGGAGAACAGUGAAGGUGAGAACAAGAACAGAGUGUGGAAUUACUUGCAUACCCGGGCUCUGCACUCCCUGCACCUCUCCCACUGAGUAGUGACGAAUGACACAACACAGCUUGAAUGGGAUUAUUAUUAUUAUUAUUAUUAAUUGAAUUUAUAUGCCACCUUAUACCUGGGGGGUCUCAGGGCAGUUCUCAGAAUAAAAUCAAGAUAUAAAAUCACAAAAUUCCUAAUGAAAAUAAAAACAGCAACCCAAUACUCCCCUCCACAAAAAAACCCUCAUAUUUAAAAAGGGUAUAGGAUGUUGAUCAGGUCAACCAAAGGUCUGGUUUUGCCUGGCGCCUAAAGGUGUAUAAUGAAGGUGCCAGGCAAACUUCCCUGGGGAGAGCAUUCCACAGAUGGGGGGCCACUGCAGAGAAGGCCCAUUCACCUGUUGCCACCCUCCGAACCUCUCGAGGAGGAGGCACACGAAGGAGGGCCUCAGAAGAUGAUCUCGGGGUCCGGGUAGGCUCCUGUGGAAAGAGGCUGUCCUUGAGGAUCAAAUCAGGCCACAAUUUUAUUGACAACAGAGGUUUGGCAUAGACACUGCAUGGCCUCCAACAUUUCUCCAAUGAAAAUAAAGUAAAGGUAAAGGGACCCCUGACCAUUAGGUCCAGUCAUGACUGACUCUGGGGUUGCAGCGCUCAUCUCUCUUUACUGGCCGAGGGAACCGGCGUACAGCUUCCGGGUCAUGUGGCCAGCAUGACUAAGCCGCUUCUGGCGAACCAGAGCAGCGCACGGAAACGCCGUUUACCUUCCCGCCAGAGCAGUACCUACCUAUUUAUCUACUUGCACUUUGACGUGCUUUCGAACUGCUAGGUUGGCAGGAGCAGGGACCGAGCAACGGGAGCUCACCCCAUCACAGGGAUUCGAACCGCCGACCUUCUGAUUGGCAAGUCCUAGGCUCUGUGGUUUAACCCACAGCGCCAUCCACAUCCCACCCCCAAUGGAAAUAGGAAUGCCCUAAAUAAUAAUAAUAAUGUUUAUACCCCCACCCAUCUGGCAGCAUUGCCGCAACGACACUGGGCCCUUCCCAGCUGCCCUCCACAUCGGCCUGAAUCUAAGAGAACAAGGGAGGUGGGGGGCGCAUUUAUUUGACUUGCUCCAGAACCAGGAGUGACCCCAAACCAGCAGGUGAGACCAUUUGCUGUAGUUUUUAGCGCCUCCGCAGGUGGUGAAUGUGGCUGUUGUCAAACUGGCACUGGGUUGCCCCAGUGAUUUAACUGUAACAACUUCAUGGCAAGCACCUAUUUUUCUUGGGGGGGGGGAGAGCACUGUCUCUCCCAAAGCCAAGGCCUAGGCUGGGGGAUGUUCACCUCUCUGUGAGGGAUUGCUGAGAUGCUAAAAAGCUUCUAAGCUGCCUUAUCAGAAAAGGAGUUUUUCACAACAGGCAUAGCAAAAGAAGUAAUACCUCACUCUUGUUAAUGGCUCCAUAAUUGGCUACUUCUGUUCCCCAUCGACAGGGCCACAUUACCACUUUCCUUGUUCCUUGUCUGUGCAUUCAGUACUAUUUGGUUUAGUAGUCUCUUGAUUGUGUGUUGUCAACGCUGAAAGUCUGCAGAGUCUUUGCCAGUCCUAUCCACAUGGCACUUGGCUGCUAGGUUUGCCAUGCCAUAGUGACGUCCAGAUUGUUGUUGCUUAGUCGUUUAGUCGUGUCCGACUCUUCGUGACCCCCUGGACCAGAGCAUGCCAGGCACUCCUGUCUUCCACUGCCUCCUGCAGUUUAGUCAAACUCAUGCUGGUAGCUUCAAGAUCACUGUCCAACCAUCUCGUCCUCUGUCGUCCCCUUCUCCCUGUGCCCUCCAUCUUUCCUAUCAUCAGGGUCUUUUCCAGGGAGUCUUCUCUUCUCAUGAGGUGGCCAAAGUAUUGGAGCCUCAGCUUCAGGAUCUGUCCUUCCAGUGAGCACUCAGGGCUGAUUUCCUGAAGAACUGAUAGGUUUGAUCUUCUUGCAGUCCAUGGGACUCUCAAGAGUCUCCUCCAGCACCAUAAUUCAGAUUAAAUGAUAGCAAUACAGUAUACGGAGGACGGCUCCUGAAGACAGUUCAGCUGGUACAGAAUGUGGUUCCUGAACUACUCAGGGUGAGCUGAGCUGCUAUGAAUGUAUUGUCAGAAGCACAACAGCAGAAAUCAUUCAGUGUGCAGCAUAACAGUUAAAUUUAUGUUUAAUGUAAUGUGGUGUUUGGUCGUAAGGCUUCACUGUGCAUAUUUGCUUCAACCUGCUUCUAACAUCUGAUUUUAUUGGUAUUUUUAUGCGUACAUUAGGUAAACCACUUAACACAAACCACUUCAAUCCUGUUAAAUACUUCCAGAUUAGCUGUUUAUUCACACACACUUUUGUGAUUACCCCGCAGCUUCUAGGGCAAAUAUCCUAUCGCUUUCCACAUUGCCAGAAGUCCAAUAAGGAAAGUGUGAUGGAAAACUGCACAAGAAAGUGAGGGAUAACAACUACUAGCUGGCAUUAUUGUCUAAGCUCUGUGCAAAUAUAUUAGGGUUCAUGCUUGUAGGGUACAUAAUAUAUAAUAAUAGGGGACGCAGGUGGCGCUGUGGGUUAAACCACAAAGCCUAGGACUAGCCGAUCAGAAGGUUGGCGGUUCGAAUCCCCGCGACGGGGUGAGCUCCCGUUGCUCGGUCCCAGCUCCUGCCAACCUAGCAGUUUGAAAGCACGUCAAAGUGCAAGUAGAUAAAUAGGUACCGCUCCGGCGGGAAGGUAAACGGUGUUUCUGUGCGCUGCUCUGGUUCGCCAGAAGCGGCUUAGUCAUGCUGACCACAUGACCCGGAAACUGUAUGCCGGCUCCCUCGGCCAAUAAAGCGAGAUGAGUGCCGCAAACCCAGAGUCGGUCACGACUGAACCAAAUGGUCAGGGGUCCCUUUACCUUUACCUUUACUUUACAUGCUUGAUAAACAGGCCACUUCACAAAUUGGUCUGGAAGCUGAAGAGCCUUAGAAGAUAGUUUUCAAACAUGGCAGAUGCUUGCAAAAUCCGAGUUUCUCUCCUUUCUGACCUCUCAGCUCUGGAACUCCUCAAGGAAGCCAUUGAGAAAGCUGGCUACACUGACAAGAUUGUGAUUGGCAUGGAUGUGGCCGCAUCGGAAUUCUACAGAGACGGGAAAUAUGACUUGGACUUCAAAUCCCCCGAUGACCCCAGCCGCUACAUCUCUGCUGAUGAGCUGGGUGACCUGUACCAAAGCUUUGUAAGGGAUUACCCAGGUGAGUCCACCGUGCCUAAAGCCUCAGUACCGGGGCACCAGAUUGUGGACGUUUUUGCUCUUUGCUGAAUGGGAACAGGAGCAAUCGGUUGCUGCAAUACAGUGGUACCUUGGUUCUCAAACGCCUUGGUACUCAAACAACUUGGGACCCAAACACUGCAAACCCGGAAGUAAGUGUUUCGGUUUGUGAACAUUUUUCAGAAGCUGAAUGCGCUCCGUUUUUAGUGUUAUGCUCCCGAUUUGAGUGCCACACUUCUGUUUUGAGUGCCACACUUCUGUUUUGAGUGCCACACUUCUGUUUUGAGUGUUACGUUGAGGUCUGUCUGUUUUUGCUACAGUGGUACCUCAAGUUAAGUACUUAAUUCGUUCCAGAGGUCCGUUCUUAACCUGAAACUGUUCUUAACCUGAAGCACCACUUUAGCUAAUGGGGCCUUGUGCUGCCGCCGGAGCACAAUUUCUGUUCUCAUCCUGAAGCAAAGUUCUUAACCUGAAGCACUAUUUCUGGGUUAGCGGAAUCUGUAACCUGAAGUGUAUGUAACCUGAAGCGUAUGUAACCCGAGGUACCACUGUAUUUAUCUUGCGUUUUUGUUUUUGCGGCUCUUUUUUUGUGUGUAUGACUGUGUGGAAACCAGUUCAUGUACUGAUUGAUUGGGUGACUGCAAGUACAUCGUUUAUUGCUUUCAUUUUAUGGAUCAAUGCUCUUGUUAGAUAGUAAAAUGCAUGUUAAAUUGCUGUUUUAGGGGUUGUUUUUAAAAGUCUGGAACGGAUUAAUCCAUUUUGCAUUCCUUUCUAUGGGGAAGCACGCCUUGGUUUUGGAACGCUUUGGUUUUGGAACGGACAUCCAGAACUGAUAAAGUUUGAGAACCAAGGUACCGAUGUACUCUCGUUUCCCCCUUCUCUCUGCAGUGGUGUCGAUUGAGGAUCCUUUUGAUCAGGAUGACUGGGAGGCCUGGUCCAAGUUCACAGCAAACGUUGGGAUUCAGAUUGUGGGGGACGACCUGACUGUGACCAACCCCAAACGCAUCGAGCGAGCCGUGGAAGACAAGGCCUGCAAUUGCCUCCUGCUGAAAGUCAACCAGAUUGGAUCAGUCACCGAGGCCAUCCAAGCGUGAGUCCAGCCAAACCGCUCUGUUCCACAAGUGCCCAGUCGCGUUCCCUUCCAAGAACGUUAGACCUGUUGGGACUGAGGCAAAUCCACUGAGUUCCUUGUCUCCCUCCACAGCUGUAAACUGGCCCAGGAAAACGGCUGGGGGGUGAUGGUGAGUCACCGAUCAGGGGAGACUGAAGACACCUUCAUUGCGGACCUGGUGGUGGGACUCUGUACCGGCCAGGUAAGUUCUGGGUGGGGAGAAAACGUGGCUUGGGUGUUCUCUGGAGAAGAAACAGGUGAAGGCUGGAACAACCAUGUCAGUGUAGAGACAUAAUCUCUUUCUACAGCCAGAGAUAACUCAAAUGUCCCAUUGUAGAAUAGUGGGGUAGGAGAGUUGAAAAUACAGUGGCACCUUGGUUCUCGAACAGCUUAGUUGUCAAACAAAUCGGCUCCCAAACGCUGCAAACCAGGAAGUAAGUGUUCUGGUUUGUGAACUUUUUUCAGAAGCCAAACAUCUGACAUGGUUUCUGCUUGACUGUAGGAAGUUCCUGCAGCCAAUCGGAAGCUGUGCCUUGGUUUUCAAACAUUUCGGAAGUCAAACGGACUCCCAGAAUGGAUUAAGUUCGAGAACCAAGGUUCCACUGUAAUCCCAAGGUAUUUCAUAUCUGGCAACCAAUGUACCCCUUUGGUUUCAGGUAGUACAUGGGUAGACGAGUCUAAAAAGACUGGGACACAAAUUUUGACAGUCCUCUAGCGGCUGUGGGAGCUCAUUUACCAGAAGUAAAGAGUUGCCAAACUGCACAAGCAAAAUCCAAUUUAAAAUAUCUGCUAUUCACUCAUGCCUUUGCUCAUAAUGUGCCUGUUCCCAUUUGUAAUGCUGGUGUGGACCCUCCAUAAAACAUUGUUGCCUUGACAUUGACUUUUGCAGAUAAAGACGGGAGCGCCAUGCAGGUCCGAGCGACUGGCGAAAUACAAUCAGUUAAUGAGGUAAGAAACAAGAGGGGAAAUGCUGGCAUAUUAUCAGUUUGCCUUCCAGCAGGAGUCGGCCUCUGUGCAAUGGGCAAAUGCAGGCAGGCAGGCAGCUUUUGGGAGCUAAUCACCAUUGCAGAGCUUAGGGGAGACUUGAGUGUAGGUGAACCAUCACACGCACAAUGAUGGAACAGCAUGUAAGUCUAAGAUCUCUUUCAGCUUCUAUCAUGCAAUGCCACAGGAAAUUGAGGGACGCACUGUCAAUUUAUACCAGGCAUAGGCAAACCUGGCCCUCCAGAUAUUUUGGGACUGCAACUCCCAUCAUCCCUAGCUAACAGGACCAGUGGUCAGGGAUGAUGGGAAUUGUAGUCCCAAAACAUGAGGAGGGCAGAGUUUGUCUACGCCUGGUUUAUACAGUCGUACCUUGGAUGCUGAAUGCCUUGCAAGUCAAACAUUUUGGCUCCUGAAUGCCGCAAAGCUGGAAGUGAGUGUUCUGGUUUGCAAACGUUCUUUGUUUUUUUUUUUAAAGCAUGUUUAUUCCAAUUUUAAGAUUACAGAAAAAGAAAAAAGUAGAAAAGAGAAACAAAUCACAUACCUCCUACAAAAAAAAACACUCAGUACAAAGAAAAAUACAAAAGACAAAAAAUCACAAUAAAAAAAAGAAUAACAAAAAAAUCAAAUUAAACCAUUAAAACCGUUUUCCCAUUUACUUAUUUCCGUAACUUCCUCUCACUUCUCUGCUUUGUAUUCUAAUUUGAAUCGUAUCUCCAGCAAAUCCUUCUAACCUUCUUUUCAUUUACUUAUUUUAACAUUCGAAAGUAUUUAAUUCUCCUCUAUCUUUAUUUUACACUUCAUAUUUACUUAUUCCAUUAUACUCUGUCUGCCAAUACGGUCUAAUAUUCUUCUCCAACCUUUUCUAACAUUCUUUUAUAUUACAAUAUUUCUGAAGAUAUAUUUUAAAUUUUUUCCAGUCUUCUUCCAUCGACCCUUCUUCUUGAUCUCGAAUUCUGCCGGUCAUCUCAGCCAGUUCCAUAAGAUGAUUGCCUUCUAUGUGUCCAAGGUUUUCCUGAUCUCAAGGUUGACUGGUCCUUAUGACCAUCAGCCAUAACAGAAUGAAGGUCAAAUUCCUUUCCCACGUCUGAUCUUCCUGUUUAUAAGUGGAAAAUUCCUUUCCUUUCCUGCAAUUGCAGAGUCCCACUAGAUGGACACUGUUACCACCUAGCAAGUUACUGUCUUUUAAAAACAACAGGAAAGAUACUAAGUAGAAAAAAAAGUCCAAAGUAAAAGACACAAUAUAGCUUUCAGUCCUUUCCAAUCUUUUCCCAGUAAAAUUGGCCACUAUGUAUCUCCUUUGCAGCCAGCAAACAGCUUUAGCUUUGACAGCUUUGACAGCUGGUGACCGAUCACUCAUUUAAUCCUUCAAUUUAAACAAUCCAGUAAAAUCAAAAGUCUUUCCCUUAACUCCUAAGGGUAGAUCCCUCCAAAGUUCUUAGGUCAGAAAGAAACACUUAUUUCAAUUCAGCUUUCCCACGUUUAGCUCCAAAUCUCUUUGCUUUGUUCUUUAUACAGUGCAGUGAAGCGGACUUCCUGUUUACGCUUCCACCGCGGUAGCCAAUUCAGACGUUUUUAAGCAGCUUUAAAUUUUUCUGUCCUUUCAUAAAAGUUCCAAAUUAAUUCAAAUCUUGCUCUUUUAUCCAAUUCUUCUACUCACGGUUAGUUUUUUAAGUCCGAAUGUCCCAGGAAUAAGUCAGCGCUCUCCAACAACGGCAACGCGGCUUCGCUCAGUGAGAGCAGCGAUCCGCUCGCAGCACCGCGCUUCUCCCCCGCUCCCUUCCGAAGCCUCAAAAAGGCUUCCUUUCAGGUUGGGGGGGGGCGCUUCAAGGUGCCCGCCGAACCUCCACAUUCGCAGGCGUCCGCGCCUGCGAUUUCUAAGGGUCCCCGCUUCGCCGGAGCGCACAGGACCCGAUCUCUCACUGGGCUACCCCCUCCGAAGAUCAAAGGAGGUCCGCCAUUGCUGCUGGCACUGACCGGAAGUCUGCAAACGUUCUUUGGAACCCAAAUGUCCAGCAUGGCUUCCACUGCUUCUAAUUGGUUGCAGGAGCUUCCUGCAGCCAAUUGGAAGCCGCGCCUUGGUUUCCGAACGUUUUGGAAGUCAAAUGGAGUUCCAGAACGGGUUCCAUUCGACUUCUGAGGUACGACUGUAUAAGGAUGCCUUGCCAUUCUCUAUCUAAAUCAGCAAAAAUCACUAAACUACUCCUAGCAUUGGUUUCUAAGACACUGGCUUUCUACCUUGCAAAUAUAUGGUAGAAGAUUAAGAAUGGGGUCCCCAAAUGCAUACUGGGGUUAAAAGUGGAUGCUGGGUCUGAAAAGGCUGAAGAUACCUGCUGUAAGGCAUGGGCUCCCGAAAGCUGUCCAUAAAAGGGUUUUCUUUUCCACGGCCCUGAACAAGAAUCUUGAGCAUCUUAGUCUUCCAUUAUUCUCCAAUGAGCCCAAGCAAAGCUGUCCACACACAGCAUUGAAAAAGCAGCACAUGCCUUUGGCAUCAAAAUGGCAUGAGGGUUUAUCUAAAUUAGAUUAACAUUGCCAAACGCAAAUGUUGUUCCCUUCCAUCAAAUCACGAAAUAUUAUCAAAACACUCCCAUACAGUACAUUGUUCUAGCAAUACCAGUGCUUUUUUCUUCUUCUGGGGGUGCUGAAGGGUACGCAGUCCCGGCACCGCAUUUUCUAGAAGAAAAGCACCGGGGCCAGCUUGCCCCUGCCUUUCAGGGAGCCAGCAAUGUGCCAUGUGCUCACGUCACACAUGCAUACUGGGCAACAUGCUGGCUUGUCGUGCGCGAGUGAUGUGACCAUGUUGCACGGCAUGUGCGCACACAGCAUGGGGGAUAUGAAGGGGCCCUGGCCCCCUACUUGAAAUUUCUUUUGAGGGCCCAAGGUCCCUCGCCCCAGCCCCCAUCUGGCGCCCCACAACUUCAUGGUGAGGUAUUUUCUUGAAGAAAAGCACUGAGUAAUCCCUAUGACAACCAAGUGUUAUCCCACAUUUCGGAUGAAGUUGAGAGAAUAGGAGUUUGCCAAAGGCCAAAAAGUGACUUCAUGGAAAAAGCCAGAUUCUAACUGGGUCCCAGGGCCGUCUUAAACAUAUCCAGCACCGCGGUGCAAAUAUCUCUCCGGCGUCCACCCCCCGCCCCGUUUCCCAGAGUUGUCAACUUUUUUUAAGGCGGGGGGGGACGACGACUUCGGUCAGGCUCAUUUACAUUGCAUGGUCCGACGCGUGCUCGGCGCAGCACGUAAGUAAGAGGCGCCUGGAUCGCAGCCCAGACGGCCUCCCGCAAAGACUCCCUCCCUCUAAGCACCCGGUGCCCCUUACCUGCCCCCGUGCAGGGAAGUCGACAUGACAGGAGGGCCAGCAAGCAGAUCAGGUGGCUCGCCGGCUGUCCCAUCCUCGCUCGGUGCCAGGAUUGCACAGGGCGCUUCCCUGCUCCGCUCGCAGACUCCGCAGGGAGGCGCGCAGGCAGCGAUGUGGCCAGAGAGGAGUAGGAGAGACACGCCUGCCCCGCCCUUCGCCCGCCCCCAAUUGCACCUGCCAGGCGCCCAGGCAGCCCCAGCAGGAGGGGACGCAAAGGGGCUUCCCUGAGCCGGACGCAGCGCGCUCUGAUGGGUGGCUGAGAGGAGAGGAGGGGGCUGCACCAGAAUGGGGAAGGGAGCAUGGCCUGACUCUCCUUCCUGGACACUCAGCUUGUGGCGCCCUCCAAAAUCUGGCGCCCUGCGCCACUAACGUCUAUGGAUAAGACGCGCCUGCUAGGGCCUUCCCAACCUGUAGCUUGUACAGUGGGGGGCCUUUAACAUACCGUAUUUUUCGCUCUAUAAGACGCACCAGACCACAAGACGCACCUAGUUUUUGGAGGAGGAAAACAAGAAAAAAAAUAUUCUGAAUCUUAGAAGCCAGAACAGCAAGAGGGAUCGCUGCGCAGUGAAAGCAGCAAUCCCUCUUGCUGUUCUGGCUUCUGGGAUAGCUGCGCAGCCUGCAUUCACUCCAUAAGAUGCACACACAUUUCCCCUUACUUUUUAGGAGGGGAAAAGUGAGUCUUAUAGAGCAAAAAAUACGGAAAUUGACUUCUGUGCUUUAAUUCCAGCAGAACCUAACUGUCUCUGGUUUACGUCCACUCUGUGAAGCAGGGCCUGUGGAGUGAAUAUAACAGCCUGCCUUUCUCUCUGCCUUCCACAGGAUUGAGGAAGAGCUUGGCGACGAAGCCCACUUUGCCGGGCACAACUUCCGUAACCCGAGCGUCCUAUAAGCCCUGCCGUGGGCACACUCUGGCUUGCCUGCUGACCUCCCAGUGCACAGACUCUGAGUGCCCCUUUAGACCACACCCUCCAUUUCCCCAGCUCCUCUGUCUCCUCUCCCCAUUCCAGCUACCUCCUCUGGCCUCUCACUGGAGCCGCCGCCCCCCCAAGACGUGUGGAGAAUGAAGCUUCCCUCUGCCCGUCCCAGGGCGCUGCUCCAAGCCAGCUUUGCGUGUGUUGCGCAGUGUCUUCUCUCUGGGCCUGCUUGAAUCAUCGUUGCACCCCAGUGCUGUGAGCAUGUUUGCCAGGAUGUGUGGCGAGGGCGUGCGUGGCUGAAGUUAGCCCUGUGUUCCCCCUCCUUCGUUGCCGCUGGGAGUCUGUGUUUUACUCCUGGAUUAUGACGGUGUUUAAAACCUUCGUAGCGCUUACUGUCAACAGCAAGUUUCUGUAUGUUCUAGCCUGUCCCUGCCAGCCUUCAAGUUUUGUUUUCUCUUUUUGUUUCGGGCGGGGUGUGUGUGUGUUUGUCUGUGUGGUGCCAUACCUACACCUGCGACUGAUCUGAAAGUACUUUUGGUUUGUGUUUUCGGGUGACACCAAGGCAACCUGUGCUGCUGCAAUACACUGGGUCCUUAUGCCAUGCUUUGUGGGGUGUUGUGGGUCAGUGCAUUGUGGGCGUGUUGUUGUGAUCAGCAUCCUGCUCAGACCGCUCUCUCUCUCUCUCUCUUUCUGGUCGUUCGGUCACACGGCGCUCCUUUCCCCAUCACCUGUUCCCCACCUUGCUCUCCUAUCACUUCUGCUUCGACCUCCAGAAGUUUCACUCUCAACUGAGCAAGCGGAGAACCCCCCACCCCCCACACACGAGAAAAUCAACCAACAGACCAACCCUCAAAAAUUAAAUUCUCUUUCACACCUGA